CAACUGUGAGUUCGUGAGGGAUAGACUAGAAUUGUAGAAACAACAGUGUUAGGACUUCAUUCAAAUCAUGGUUUGUGACUGUUAGAGAUACUUGAAGACUGCUUGGGAAAGAUGAGUACAAAUGGUGCUACCACCACCAAUAACAAUAAGUGUAGCAACGGUGUCAUGGGGUCUUCUGAGCAUGGGUUGCUGCACAAUGUUCUUAUCUCAACAGAGUGGACUUCUGUUGAACAGUCCUUGUUGGAAGAACUGCUUGUCAAAUAUGCCUCGGAUCGUAGAGAAUUGUGUUAUAGAAAAAUUUCAAAGGAAUUACAAGACAAAACAUCACGGGAUGUGGCGUGUCGUUGUCAAUGGAUGACUAAAAAGGAAAUUGGCAAGAGAAGGAAAGACGAGGAGGGUUCAUCAAGGAAGCAGAAUAAUAGAAAGGAAAAAACUACAGACCAACAAGUGAAGCCAUCUUCUCAUGCUUCAAAUCAUGCCAAUGGUCUUCCAUCAUCAUCCUCUUCCAUAAACAAUGAUGAUGGCAUCAAUUACAAAGUUAUUGAUGGUGAGAUAGGGAAGCUUCUUGAACAGAAUGCCAUGGCUUUGCAUCAAAUUUCUGUAAAUUUUACUACUUUGAAGUUACAUGAGAACAUCAAUCUUUUUCGCCAAGUGAGAAACAAUAUUGAUAAAAUCUCGAAUGAGGUAAAGGACAUGCCAGAGGUAAUGAAGCGGAUGCCACCACUACCCGUGAAGCUCAAUGAGGAACUUGCCAACUCUAUACUUUAUCGGACGCAAUCUUGAAUAUUUUGUUAGAAAAAAUUAAAAAGAAAAUCUUUUUUUUCCCAAUACAUCGAUCUUUAUUUCCUUCCCUUCAGACCCUUCAGGUUCUUGAGAUUAUGAUCUGGAAGCAGAUUGUAAGGAUGAGUUCUUUUUUCUGGUUUUUGGUUAUCUGGAUUCUUGUUGGUUUGUUUUUGGGUUAUUGAGGAGAGAAUUGUGUUGGAAGGAUUUUUAAUCUGUGUAUAUAUAUAUGAUAGGGUAUAACUUUAACUGUUCAACUUAGCCAGGUAGAAGUUUAAAAUGAGGAUAUAACUUUAACUGCUUGUGUGGUUAGUUUAUGAGUCAAAUAGUUAU